AUUCACACAAAUUAUUCAGAUCUUCGUGCUCUACGAUCAUCUCAUCCCGUCUUGCGCUAAAAUGAAACCCUUGGUAAAAUUGUUCAUGGUGUUCUGCCUGAUAGGCAUUGUGCUAUCCAGGCCCAGGCCCGAAGGCGAGGAAGGAGAAGGUGAGGAGGAAAGUCCUGAUGAUGCAAGCGGCGAUGAGACCGAGGGCGGAGAAGAAAAGACAGAUGACGGCGCAAGUGAAGAUGGCGGCGAAGAAGAAGGUAAGGCAGAUGAAGAGGAUGGCGGAGAAAAUGCUGAUGGUGAAGACGCCGGUGGUGAGAAUGCCGGUGGUGAGAAUGCUGAUGGUGAGAAUACCGAUGGUGAGAAUACCGAUGGUGAAAAUACCGAUGGUGAGAAUGCCGAUGGUGAGGAUGCCGAAGGAUCGAAAGAUGAAGGAGAUGACUCAGAAGGUGAUGGUGGCAAGGAAGAAAGUACAGGUGGUGACGAAGGAGGCGAUAACGCUGGAGGAGGCGAAGGUGGUGGCGAAAAUGAUCCUGUCAAUACCUACCACAAGGUGGUGGCAAUCCUGGACAAGGAUACCAAAGUGGACAACAUUCAAAGUGAAUAUCUUCGAUCAGCUUUGAAUAAUGAUCUUCAGUCGGAAGUAAGGAAUCCGGUGGUUGAAGCUAUCAGUAGACUCGGAAGUUUUUCCAAGAUUGAAGGGUGUUUCAAAUCGAUGGGCAGCGACGUGAAGAAAGUCAUUGACGAAGAGCAGAAAGCGUUCAAGGACUGCAUGACGAAAAAGAAAAGCGAAUAUGAAUGCUCCGAGGAUAGUUUCGCGUCAGCUAAGGGUAAACUCUCCCCAAUAACCUCUAAGAUUAAGUCCUGUGUAUCUUCCAAAGGACAGUAAGAAAACAUGCUCUGAUGUUUGAAUAAAUGCAAUAAGAGUUAGUCCGUCACAA